CCCGGCUCCCGGCUCCGUUCAGCUGCAGGCAACGGCACCAAGGAGACCAUCGAUGAGAUCUGUCCUUGUGCCGUUCCUCUGGCCUGCCGUGUCACUGGCUGCACGCACCGCGUUCAUCAGCGGUGUGGUGAGCAUGGCCGUCCCGCCGGCAGCCAGCCUGCCGCUCAAUGAUCUGCAGUGGACGCUAACGAGGUACAGAUCAGCGGACGGAAGGAAGAUGCCGUGUGAUUGUCUCUCGUGCUGUGUGUGCACAGUGACGGCACAGCUCGGCAAGGCGGCAGGUCGAUGGGCGAGGUCACGAACACAGCCACCGGUGUGCGGAUCUCAGGCAGCCUGGAGGCCCUCCCGUCCGACACACUUGGCCCUGUCGCCUUCGUCAUUGGUCGUGCGACGCUGCCUGAGGGCUUCCUUGCCAACUGUGUGCAGCUGACUGUGACCGUGACGGACAAGACGGCUGGGCAGUUCCUGCUUUACCUGUACCCCGAGCAGCUGCGCGGGCAGAGCAACUACAUUGCCAAGUUCAUGACGCCCGGAGAGGCGAAGGACACGGUGGCUUCUGUGAGGUUGGAUGCCUUUGAGGGUCAGAGGAGGGGCAAACCCGAGGCGCUGCCAGCUCUCGAGAGCGUCAAGGGCAGCAUUGAGGGAAUUGGUGAGUCGACACACACAGGGGUCUCAGCACCGUGUGUAUCCAUUGGUGUGUGUUUGUUGCUCUUGUGUGUGUUGGUGUUGUCUUGCCUGAAGGGAUCGGCAUUACCCGCAGUGUGCAGCCUGCCGACCUGAAAGCCAUUGUGCCCCUGCAGUUUGCCAUUGAGGUGUCGGAUCUCUCAUGUGGCGGCAACUGAUGGAUGGAUGGACGUGUGUGUCUGUGUCUGUGUGUGUGUCUGUGUGUGUAUACGGCUGGGCAGCUGAGACGAUUUAUAAUGGGGUGGACAGACAGG